CCAACCAUGCCGUUCAGCAUCCUUGGACUACUAAUCUUUGUCCACGCUAUUUUCUCCAUAUCAAGAAGCCGCAGGAAAAACGCUACGCCCAGAAAGCUGCCACCGGAAGCUGGCCGCGGGUGGCCUGUGAUUGGUCACCUCCACCUCUUAGGCGGGCCACAGCCACCACAUAUCACUUUAGGCAACAUGGCCGAGAAGUACGGACCAAUCUUCACAGUGAGGCUUGGUGUUCACCCAACCUUGAUAAUUAACAGUUGGGAGAUUGCCAAGGAAUGCUUCACUGUGAACGACAGAGCCUUCGCUAGCCGUCCCAAACUCGUAGCCUUCGAGGUCAUGGGCUAUAACUUCAGCAUGUUCGGCUUAAGUCCCUACGGAGAUUAUUGGCGUCAGGUGCGCAAGAUCGCCACGCUGGAGGUCCUCUCCAACCGUCGCCUGGAGAUGCUCAAACAUGUGAGAGAGUCCGAGGUUAAGUCAAUCAUGAAAGAUACUUACGAUCGUUGGUUAGAGGUGAACAAGAAUGAUCAGAAUAUAGAAGCAGAGCCCCUGUCAUGUGAGAUGAAGGAAUGGUUUGGGGAGAUAAUCUUAAAUGUUAUGUUUAGAAUGGUGGUGGGGAAGCGUUUUGCUGAGACCGAAGGGAAGGAAACGACACAGAAAGCACUGAGGAAUUUUUUGGAUCUGAGUGGAGCGUUCAUGAUGUCAGAUGCGUUGCCGUAUUUGAGGUGGAUGGAUUUGGGUGGCCAAGAGAAGGCCAUGAAGAAGACAGCCACAGAGUUGGACCAAUUUAUUCAGUUUUGGUUGGAUGAACACAGACGAAAGAGGGACUCGGGUUCAGGGCAAGCCGAGUCUAAGCUCGGUGACUUCUUGGACAUGCUUGUUUCCAGCGUUGAUGAUGCUGAAAUGAUCGAUGGCCACGAUGCCGAUAGCAUGAUUAAAGCUACAUGCCUAGCCCUAAUUUUAGCCGGAACAGACACAACAACAGUGACGCUAACUUGGGCUCUCUCAUUACUUAUGAACAAUCCCGAAGUCCUAAAAAAGGCAGCAAAAGAGGUAGACACAGAGGUUGGAAGAGAAAAGUUAGUGGUGGAAUCAGACUUAAGGAACCUGCCUUAUCUGCAAGCAAUCAUAAAGGAAACCAUGCGCCUGUACCCAGCCGCACCACUUGGCCUCGUGCACGAGUCUAUGGAAGAUUGCACUGUGGCUGGCUACCACAUACCCUCUGGCACGCGUCUCUUGACCAAUCUUUCAAUGCUCCAUCGGGACCCACGAGUAUAUGAAGAUCCAUUGAAGUUUAGUCCAGAGAGAUUCCUAACUUUCCACAAGAAUGUUGACUUGAGAGGCCAACAUUUUGAAUUGAUUCCUUUCGGCUCUGGCAGAAGAAUGUGCCCUGGAAUCUCAUUUGCUCUCCUAAUGACGCAAUUAACGCUUGCUAGUUUGUUGCAUGGCUUUGAUAUUGCAAGCCCUGAUAAUGAACCAAUGGAUAUGAGAGAACAGGUUGGGUUGACGAAUAUCAAAGCCUCACCACUCCAAGUCCUUCUUACCCCACGUCUCUCCCCCCAUCCUUAUGGAUAAGAGGAAGAAUAGUGAGGCUUUAAUGAUGUGUUUGUCCUUUCAAAUGUCAUCUGGUUUUUGGUUUUGGCAAGUUUUGCAGUCUCAGUUUCACGAAAAUAACACCGGCGGUUUCAUUAGGCUUGUGAGCUGAGGAAUCGGAUGUCACAGGCCAAAUUCAGCUUGCAUGAGUCAUAUUCAGAGUGUUAUCCUCAUUGUUAACAAUCAAACCGAAGUUACUCGGCGGAUACUGGUGUCUGCCCGCCUUGGAGCUUGCACCUACAAUAUAUCCUCUCGCCUUGGUUUACAGCUCCGGUCAUAAUCUUGCUGCUGGGUAUUGACUGUCUUAUCAUUUUAGUCCUUGGUUUGUUGGAAGUUUGAAUGCGGCCAUCGGUUUAGGUUGUUGCCAUAGUGGUUUCUACGA